AAUUGGUUUAUUGUGUUGAACAUAGAAACUGACCAUCGCUCGGGCGGCUGCAGGGCCUGGUCAGUGAGGUUAAGACGUGCGCACGAGGGUCUGCGAUCUUGGGUUUGAGGCCAUCGCCCGAGGGAUCCUACCUCCACCGAAUUGAGGCCAUCUUCGGUAUUACGGAUUGAGGCUAUCUCCGUCAUAGGAAAUAAAUGUUAAGUGGUUUGACUUUGGUGAAAGUCUAAAUUGGUUUGACCGGUGGUCAAAGAGUCAUGGGAAACCCGUAACACCUAAAUCGUUUUGAAAAGAAAGAAAAUAAGUUGACUAUUGGUCAACCGUCUAAAGAACCGAAUGUUAAGUUGAAUUGAUUUUUAUUAAAAGGAUAAACUUAUGCACGAUCUUAAUUGUUGAAUUAUUAUGUUUAUUCUUGUGCUACAAUGGAGUACCACUCAGCGUCAAUGCUGAGCGGAUAGCGUUGUUUUCUUUUGCUGUCCGUAGGUGAUCAGACAGAUGAACCUAGAGCCGAUCCCAGAGGGCAUUGAGGAGGAGAUGUACGAUGGCGUGGCUGUCUCUUUAAUCUGUUGAUUAUGCUUUAUUUAAUUAACUUUAAUGCUUAUUACGUUUUCGGGCAAGAUCUCAAGUUGUUUGACUUUAAAAAGGCUUCCGCAUUAUUUUAAAUUACUCCGAUGGAUUUUCAUAUGUAUUGAAAGAACAGCCAAUUUCCCGGGACCUUCUCAAACCCUAGGUUUUUUUUUCUCACGCACGGUGCCGCCACCGUUGCUUCGCCGGCCGCCACACCACGGUCGCCCCUCUUCGAUCGGCUCACGUCGAUCACCACCGCUGCAGCGCCGGCUCACGUCGGACUCAUAAUCACUGUCUCACGCCGGUACUAUCUUCGUUUCCAUGGCAAGCGAAGGAACAAAGAAGGUCAGGCUCAUCCACGACCCUACCUCUCCGUACUACAUCCACCCGUCCGAAAGUGCGGGUAAUUCCUUGACGAAGCAUCUUCUCAAAGGUGAUAAUUAUGAUAUUUGGGAGAAAACAAUUAUUAAUGCUCUAGAAGGGCGUAGUAGAGCAGGUUUUCUCAAUCCUUCCGGGUUUCCUAAACCCACUGAUGAACAAGAAUUGGCGGCAUGGAAAGCUAAUAAUUCCAUAAUUUGUUCUUGGAUCUGUAACAGUGUUGAUGAACACAUCCAACCUUCCAUUAUCUCCCAUAAAAUUGCUCAUGAAUUAUGGUUAGAUCUGAAGACCAGAUAUGGAGGUUCCAAUGGACCUCGUAUUCACGAAUUGAAAUCUGAGUUUCAAUCUUUGCAUCAAAAGGGACAAACUGUAGUUGUCUACUAUAACCAAUUUGUGACUUUGUGGAACAAGCUAUAUGGAUCUGUUGAUCCAACGUGUGGUUGCCGGUGUGAGGCUGCGGCUUUGAUUCGGGCGCGCGAGGAACAGGAGAAGACUCAUCAUUUUUUACUCGGGCUCGACGAAGAACAGUUCGGUCACAUCCGAUCUCAGAUUAUUGCCACCGAACCUGUUCCGGACAUACACCGGGCUUAUGCACUCAUCGUUCAAGAGGAACGACAUAAGAGCAUUGUCCGUGGCCGAGAUGACCGUACGGACGCUCUCGCCUUUGCCAUGCAGCGUCCCGCUCCUACCUUGGGUCGUGGAGACCCCCCCAUUAUUCGUGCACACAUUGUGGAAAAUACGGCCAUUCCGUGGAUCGGUGCUAUCAAUUGCAUGGGUAUCCGCCUGGGAAGGGCCGUGGAGGUCGCGGCACUGCAUCCGGCCGAGGGAGUCGCGGCGGUGGCAAAACACCGUCCGACGGCAGUAGCGCCCCUGGCCGUGGGUCUGGCCGAGGGAUAGGAUCGGCGACAGGGGGAGCAAAUGCAGCCACCAAUUCCAACGCCCUAGGCCUCACACCUGAUCAGAUGACUCGGUUACUUUCCAUGCUCGACGUCUCUUCUUCCAACAAGGAUACUGGGUCUAAUGGUGAGGCAUCGGCUCGUGAGUGGCUUAUUGACAGUGG